AUGGCCGACAUCACUCUGCCCUCGUCCCUGCUGCAACCGCGCGACGACAACGAGGCAGAUUCACUACUGUCUAUCCUCGGACGUAUUCACGAUGAGCGAGGCCACUUCCGACACAUCACCGAGCAAGGCUUGCAGGCCGAAAUAGCUGCCAACGAGAAUGACGAAGAAAGCUCCGAGACAGACGACGAGGAAGACGGUGCAGAGGUGGACGGAGUAGAGGAAAGAGAUCGUCGGGAGCAACUAUGGGCAGCAAGAGCCGAGAUGAGGCAGCAUGUCGAGUGA